GUUUAGCUAGAAUUGAUCUUGCAAAAUCCCACAGGUCACAUCCACUGCAACUCUGAACACAUCCUAUUGUUCUAUAUUUUCCUCGAACAGAGGGUUUCCAAGUUGAACGGCAACCUCAACUUCUUGCAAUGCGAAUGGCUUUUUGAGUUAAAGGACGCCAUGGUUUUACUACUCAAAGAAGAUACGGUUUCUUAAACGGUUUCUGAGCUUCUGUAAUGUCAAGUUUUCAUUAUGUUUUGCUUCCUCUAGAUCGUAAUCCAAGUCUGAAUCUUUUUUGUUGAUUUCAGUUUGCUAGAUUUUUAUCGCAUUUUGUGUACCAAGAAUGUAAUCAUAUGCCCAAAGACGUUCUCAUGCAUUUUAUGGAAUUUCUUGGCGUUUUAAGCCAUAUGUCAUUGUGUUUUCAAGUGUUCGAUGAAAUGCCUCAAAGAUGAGUUAACACACGUCAUUGAUUUUUUGAUGUUGCAUACUUUUACAAUAGGUUUAUUGAAUGUUAUGAGAUUGAUUGUGUUGGUAUUGCAAUGUUUCAACGAAGAUUGAUGGUAAUGGAACUCAUGACCUAAUGGUGUUCUAUGAUUUGAAAGGGGAAAAAUCAAAGAUGUGGAUGUAGAUUUGGCUGUGAAAAUUAUAUCAUCUGCCAUUUGACUAAUUGUUGUCGUUGAAACUAAAAUGUUUAUCGGUGUGAAUAUUAAUUCUAUAAUAAUUAAAUAAAGAAUGGUAUCUUGGUGGAAACUCUCGUACCUAUGAGCUGUUAUAAGAUAGGGGUACGUUUUCUUUGCUCUACUUCAGUCAGUAGGACCAGCUGGGAUCCAAUUGUUUCCCUUGUUCUCAAUCACCAAACCCUUAUUCUUCUUGAGAAAUGCAGUUCGAGGGAUCAUCUCAAACAGAUCUUGGCUCAAAUGAUGAGGAACAAUCUCACUGUUCAAACAUUUCCCAUGAGCAGGCUCCUUUAUUUCUCUGCCAUUUCACAUCCUGAUAACCUAGACAUGGCCAUCCUCCUCUUCAAUCAUUUUACUCCCCGACCCAAUCUAUACAUUUACAACACCAUGAUCUCUGCAUUAUCCUUCUCACCAAGUCAAUCAUUUAUCCUCUACAAUUCAAUGCUCCAGUCUAGUAUACACCCAGAUAAACACACACUCCUUUCCCUACUUCAAGCCUCCAAUUGUUUGUCAGAGGUUAAGCAGAUACACUGCCAUGCCAUCAUUACAGGCUUGUUGUCCCAUGCAUAUCUGCAAAACUCCCUCAUCAAGAUUUACUUGGAGAAUGGACAAAUGGAGUUUGCACUCAAGGUGUUUGGUCAAAAGCUAACUCGAGAUUCAGUUUCUUUCAAUAUUAUGAUUGUUGGAUAUGCAAAGAAGGGAUGCAGCUUAGAAGCGCUGGACUUGUUCUCUAAAAUGGUGGAUUUUGGCCUUGAACCUGAUGAAUAUACUAUAUUAGGUGGCCUUACCUCUUGUGGACGGCUAGGAGAUCCCCGGCUGGGAAAGUCACUUCACUCAUGGAUGGAGCGAAGAAAGUUGAUUGGUUCUAGGAAUAUGGUUUUAUAUAAUGCUCUUUUGGAUAUGUAUGUGAAAUGCAAGGAGUUGGAGCUUGCACGGAAAAUAUUUAAUUCCUUGGAAGAGAAGGAUGGCAUUUCAUGGAACACCAUAAUCGCUGGACAUGUCAAAGGUGGUGAAUUGGAACUUGCCCAAACUUAUUUUGAUGAAAUGCCUCAUAGGGAUCUGGUGUCUUGGAAUUCCUUAAUUGCAGGAUAUGCCCAGAGGGGUGAUUACAUGAUGGUAAGAAGGUUAUUUCAUGGCAUGGUCAGAGAAAACAUUAAUCCUGACAAUGUCACAAUAGUCAACUUGGUAUCUGCUGCUGCAGAUGUUGGAGCAUUGGACCAAGGGAGAUGGACACAUGGUUGGGUGGUUAGGAUGCAGAUGAAAAUGGAUGUGUUUUUGGCUUCAGCAUUAAUCGAUAUGUAUGGCAAGUGUGGAAGCAUUGAAAAGGCUUUUAUAAUUUUUAAGGAUGUUUCUGAAAAGGAUGUUACUUUAUGGACAGCAAUGAUAACUGGAUUUGCAUUUCAUGGUUAUGGAAAUAAAGCUUUGGAACUGUUCUAUGAUAUGCAGGGAAAUGUAAUGCCAAAUCGGGUGACUUUUGUUGCUGUUCUUACUGCUUGUAGCCACAGUGGGCUCGUGGAUCAAGGGCUCAGAAUAUUUAACAACAUGAAGGAAUGUUAUGGAAUUGAACCAGGAAUUGAGCAUUAUGGGUGUCUGGUGGACCUUCUAGGGCGAUCAGGGAGGCUGCUUGAGGCUAAAGAUGUGAUUGACAAGAUGCCAAUGAAACCAAGUCCAUCCAUCUGGGGUGCACUGCUGAGCGGUUGUAAAGCUCAGGAACAUAUGGAAAUAGCAGAGAGAGCCGUGACAGAGCUGCUAAACAUAGAACCUGAAAAAGAAGGUGGAUAUAUUUUGUUGUCUAACAUAUAUGCUGCUUCUGGGAAGUGGAGAUAUUCGGACAAUAUCAGGGAAAUCAUGGAAAGUCGAGGAGUCAAGAAGACAGCUGGUUGCAGUAGUCUGAUUGUUGAUGGGGUAAUUCAUGAGUUCGUGGCUGCAGAUAAGCAGCAUUCCAGGUGGGCAGAAAUAGAGUCUAUUUUGAUUUGUCUAAAAAGUGAAAUGAAGUUGGGGGCCGAUUUUAUGGGUUUCUUGCAACCAUUGGACUCAUUGCUACCUGAGGGUUGAUCUUUGUACCCUUUGCACAGACGUUGUCUUAGUUUGCCAGCUUUGUCAUUAUUGUCAAAUUGCAGGUUAAACAGAAGCCCAGAUUUGGUGCUUGCUUAUCAGUUUUUAAGCAGUGAUUGAAUGGAUCUAGCUCGGGAGGACUGCAUUAAUGGUGUCACCAGGGUCUGCAAAUUGCUGAGGUGUUGUCAAAGUGGCUUAUACUUAUUUUAGCCGGCCUUUCCAGGUUACAUUGCUUUGGUGAUCAAGGCACAUUGAUGGCAGGAUCAAUGGCUGCUUGGAUCAAGAUGAUUGAAGCUCCUAGUACAGAAUAGUAGUGUCAUGACAAAAUUUGGAUGCCUUCCUCUGCUUCCAUUAAAGUAGCAAUGAGCUUGGGGAGAGGAAGGUGGUGGGCAGGACCCUUGACAGGAAAAAAAUAAUCAGAUGGGAGGAAAUAAAAAGAUGGAAGCAUCCAGACAAGCUUUAUCGUUUUCUUUCUGAGUAGCAAGAGUACAAUGCUUUUUUUUUUUUUUAAUUGUUUUUUGCCUUUUGUUGUUCGAGAGCAGUUACAAUUGUUGUAUAUGGACCUAUCCUUACAAUAACAAUGGUUUAAUUUUAUUUCUUUUUCUGACCAUCCAAUU